UUAACAUUUCAGUCUACGGCCAACUUUCCACAGGAGCGUGUAUGACUGAAGUUGGCCACAAAAUUAAAUUUAAUCGCCCAUUCCAGAUUAUAGGUUUAUUUGCGACAUCCUUCAGUGACAGUGACGUUUCGCAUACAAUUCGAAUUUGUUAUCAAUACUUAUCGAUGAUAUUGUCAUCUUCUUUGUUCCGUAUUGUAUGCUGCAUGUUGCGUACUAUUGUAAUCAAGAUCGAUAAUGUGAUGGUCAAGACCUGAUUCGAUAGCAAUGUCAAAAUUGAACGGAUUGCUGUUUUAUUCCUUGUCAACUCUCAUUGCUUCAGCCACUUUAACUGUAACUCUCUCAAUUUCCGAUUGUAUAGUACAUGAUCGUGAUUUAGGUUUUGUAUACAACUUGACAAAUUUAUCAUCAAGCAAUGAUGAUAUCAUUAUCGAGUAUCCUACUGAAACAAUACGUAUGCAAUUAUGUUCUCCAUUGAAGAAAAAAUGCAAUAAUCAGGAUGGAUAUGCGAUAUGUUUAAUACAAAACAAGACUGAAAAGGGAAUAGGAAGGUUUCCUCCGCAAGUAAAUAAUGAUACCGGAAUAAUUAAAUUUAAUUAUGCUGGUGAUGUUUGCUUAUCUUCAACUAACUAUACAGUAGAUAUUGUCAUGAAGUGUGAUUAUGAUGCAAAAGACAACUCGGGUCCUGAAUUAUUUCCACAUAGAAAUGGAGAGUGUAAAUUAUUCAUGGUAUGGAAGACUGCUUACGCAUGUGGGCCUAGAACUCAAACGAAUUGUACAGUUGUCUAUAAUAACCAGCAUUAUGAUUUAAGCUCUUUAACCAGGUAUUCGGACAAUUAUGUAAUUCAUGCAGGAAAUGAUACAUCGCGCAAGAUAGUAUUAAAUGUUUGUCAUUCCGUAAUACGUCAGCGUGGUUCUAUAUGUCCGGCUAAGACGGGAGCCUGCUUGGACGAUCCUAAAAAACCUAACAGAUAUUUGAGUUUAGGUGAAGUACAAAAUCCUCUUUUCUAUGUAAACGGAUCUUUGCGCAUUGAGUAUCAGGAUGGUGGAGUAUGCAGCGUCCCGAAUAUCGCAACGCCACACAUCAGAACAACCAUCACAUUUACUUGUCAUCUGUCAUCGUCCACUACGAAAAGUAUUCCGGAAUAUAUCGGAGGACAAGAACAAUGUCAUUACCAAUUAAUAUGGUAUACUGCUGCAGCAUGCAGUGUCGAGAAUUUACGAGACUUUAGUGCGAAAACAGCAGGCAAAUGUGUUGUUACAAAUCCUCUUACAAAUUUCGUAUAUAACUUGCAAUCGUUGAUGAACAAAGACUUCACUGUUAGUUCGAGCGAUAUAGAGUACAAGUUCAGAAUAUGUGAGUCGCUUACGGAUAAUACAUGCAAGGCUGGGACAGGAGCAUGCGAUUCCAAACAUGGUGCGUCAUUGGGCCAGGCCAACGCUAAUCUGAUAUGGCAACAAGGUGGUCCUUAUUUAAAAUAUACCAAUGGAAAAGCAUGUAAGCAAACUGGAAUGCAUCACUACACGGUUAUCGGAUUCUUCUGCGGGUCAGAAGGAUCGACCAAUGCACCGCUUCUCGUGGAGGAUCACCCCUGCCAAACCAUUAUACAUUGGAAUACGGAUCUAGUUUGUGAAAAAAGAAUAAAGUGCGCUACCGAUAACGACGAUGAGAUUAACUUGACACCUCUGAUACAAUCUACAAAAAAUUAUAUUGUGAAAGUGAAUGAUACAGAGUUUCAUAUAAAUAUAUGUCGACCACUGGUCCCUUCUCGAGGUCUCACAUGCACACACGGCAGCGCAGCUUGCAAAGUUUCAGUAACUGCACAGGGUGAAUACACCAAUGAAACUAGUUUAGGAUUUCCCGAGAACAGUCCUACAUUAAAUAAAGAUCUACGAACAGUAUUGCGUUAUCUCGGUGGAUCACAAUGCCCAGAUGAUCCAGCGAGAUCGAUAUCUUCGAAUUUCACAUUUAUUUGUGACAAUAACAAUCAGGGACUUCCGGUAUAUAAACGCUUUGUUGAUUGUACUUAUGUGUUUGAAUGGAACACCAGUAUAGCAUGUGGAGCAGUGAUGGGAGCUUGGACGCCACCUUGUGCCAUAAAGGAUGGUUUUCUUUCACAUGAAUAUGAUCUCUCUUUGUUGCACAAGGACCAACCGAUACAUUACGUGAAAAGCAAACAAGGUAAAGAGUAUGGUAUAAGCAUUUGCGGUGGAGAGAAGUAUUGCAAUGGUUCUGCUGUGUGUCACGAAAAGAAUGGUUACGGAUCGCUAGGAAGUGUGAUUUUUGAUUACAGCCGAGACGACAUUAAGCUUAAAUACAUAAAUGGCAGUAAAUGCAACGAUAACCCCUACACGUCCGAGGUCAGAUUUAUAUGCAACGAAUCUAUAGGCAUUGGUACACCAAAACUGCUAUUGGAGUCGCAAUGCAGCGCGGAAUUCGAGUGGCACACCGAAGUGGUUUGCACGAGGCAUGCCAAUUCUCAGAACGCUGGGAAUGCAUCGAGUCCUAGUCAGGAACAGUCCUUCCCCGAUACCAGCAAAAAUGUCUAUAGUUACGUUAGAACGGUGGUAGGCGUCAUGCUAACUAUGACCGUGCUGUUAGCGACUUUGCUCUACUUCCGUAACCCGGAAGCAAGAGCGCACUUUCGUACCUGGACGAAUAUAUUUAGUUUCAGAAGAGGCGCAGGCCGUGUACAGUAUUGCAGGGUCGAUACCACUGAGGAAGCCAGGCUUCUGCUCGACGCUUCCGAUCCCACGCAAUGUCAAACGGACAGCGAUGACGAUCUUCUACAUGCAUAGUGAUACGCUAAUGUUGUCGUUGUUUUCAGCCGUCAUAACCGCGUAGUUACUGUGAUUUGUGUAGAUUAUUUUCAAUAUCUGUGUAUAGUGCGACGAAUAACAGCAUCUUGUUGUAAAACAUUCGAGAUAAAAUAUGAAAUUAAUUAAAUACGUUUCUCAUUGA